AUGGGAUUCGACGUCCUUGCCAAGCUCAGCAACGCCAGCCAGGCGGCUGAGGGCUUUGUCAAGAAGAAGUGGGAUGAGCACAAGUUGAGAGAUGCCGGAAAGGCUGCGCAGGCAGAACUGAACCGGCGCAUAGACGAGAGGAAUCAGUACCUUCAGUUGAUCACGGCCAAGCGCACUGGGUCCUCGGCUCAGGACAUGCCACCUCUGACCUGCAACCCGGCAGACCCCCACAAGGCCGUGUUUCUGGUUACCAUUCCCAUCACCUUUGGCCGGUUCAAGCUGUCCAAGAAUUCCUACAGUUUACUGGCAAAACUGUCGCCGGCCGCGAGCAUCGAUGGCGUCAACCAUUGGGCACUUGCCGUCAUUGAUCGAGGUCUCAAUCCGUGCUUCUUUUAUGAGCUCAUGAGCGACGACUUGGCCAUCAAUGCGCUCGGCAAGAAUCAGUUCCGCUUCGACGAGGUCACGCCAGAUUUUAUUGAAACUUGGACAUCUUGCUAUUAUGUUGGCGAGACGAUAAAGACGCAUGAGCAGAUUGAGAAAAUGGGAGCGGAGCAUUUAGCUCUCCAUCCCCGAUACAAUCUGCUCAACAGCAACUGCCAGGACAUGGUGGAGAUUCUCGUCAAGCAACUUUGCGAAGGCAGAACCAUCAGUCAAGGCAAACUCAGAGAAGAGCUGUCUGCCAUUUCUCCCAAGAUUGCACUCGAUCUCAUGGUGGGCCGCUUCAGAUCGAGGGUGGACACAUUUGGAGAAAACGCGGACCCCGAAAUGAUCAAAGACAACGACGUUGAAGUGCAAAAGGAGAUGGACAUGAUUGACGUGCUCUGGAGCAGAGUUCGAGGGAAACCCAUCUCGCCGAAAUAA